UAAACUCAUAGCAUCUUUCAUUUUGUGAAGUACUGUGUUUCCUCUCUCUCUCUACUUUCUCUCUAUAGUGAUAUAUUGUAUGGCCGCCAACUCGGCUAGUCGGGGAAUUGUGAAGGUGGGCAAGCGAUUCUUUAACCAGGUCCGACUCGGAGUCACUCGCGAUCCAAUCCAAUCUCCUUCACUCACUCUCAGAAGGUCUGUUCAUGUCUCCGUGUAUGAUAAGAACCCAGAUGAUCAUGUCCGUCCAACAGUUGUUCCAGACCAUGUAAUCCAUUCUCAAUCUGACAAGUACUGGGCUCCACACCCACAAACCGGGGUGUUCGGCCCGACUGCUGAGCAUAACCUCGCCGCAGGCGGUGGCUUCCGCUCCUUGCCUGCAAACGGUGGCGAGGAUUCGGUGUUGGAGCAAAAGGCCUUCUUUCGAUCCCUCGAGGACUUGGAGAAGCCUCCCCAUCCUUGAAGCAGGAAUCAAGACGCUGUCCUCAUAUAUAUUAAUGGUGUGCCAUAUAUAUCUCUACAUAACGAGUGAAGUAGCUAGAAUAAAUACUGGUUAUAUGUUUAUAGUAUCGAUAGAAUGUUUGGUGGUUUUGAAGUUGUAUUGUUAUGUAAUUUGAUUAUGUUGGUAAUGGACAAAUGCCAUGUUUAUGUGAUGGUUUUCUAUCAAAUAAGCUGCUCAGAACUAAAAUGAAGUUU